AACAAACCUAGCUCUUGUUAUGGCUAACAUAUCUGAUAUAGAAAGGAAUAUAUCCUUUUCUUAUACAACAUUUGACGAAUAUAAAAUUGGAGUUUUCAUUUGGAAAAUUGUAUCACCAAUUUUAAUCAUUUUAGGAACAGUAGGUAACAGCUUAUCUAUAAUUGUUUUAACGAGAAGGUCUAUUCGGUCGUCGACAAUUUCCUUAUACUUGACAGUUUUGUCAUUUACAGAUUUAGUUGUUUUGUAUUCGGGACUUCUUCGUCAGUGGCUAAUUUACCAGUUUGAUUACGAUGUAAGGCAUGCAAGCGCUUUCAGUUGCAAGCUAAAUAUUUGGAUAGUAUACAGUUCGUUGGAUUUUUCAGCAUGGAUUCUUGUCGGGGUUACAUUAGAACGAAUGAUUACAGUAUGGCGUCCUCACAAUACUCAACAUGAGGUGAAAAGAAAAAGGGCGGUUGGAUUUAUAAUUGCUUUUGGAGCUAUAGUUCUUGCGCUAAAUAGUCAUUUUCUGUAUGGGUUGGUUUUCAGAGCCGACAAAAAUGAAACACAUGGACAUGCAAACAUUCAAACAUGUGUAGAAAUUGAUGAAACAUAUUAUGAAUUUUUCAAUGUGACAUGGCCUUGGAUAGAUUUGUGUGCAUUUUGUGCUUUUCCACUUACAGUCAUUGUCGUCGGAAAUGGACUGAUUCUAUUUAAACUGAUAAACAGUCAAAGAAAACUACGGCCAAGACAUGUUCAGACGUCUACUGUUAAUCAUGAAAGUGGACAAAUACCAUUAGCAGGUCAAUGUUCUAAAAUAUCAUCUACUACUUCGAUGUUAUUUGCCUUGAACACAGUAUUUUUGCUCAGUACAUUACCAAUCAGUAUUUACAACAUAGGCUACACGCACUGGGCAAAUGUUGCAAACGAGCAUGGUAAUGCAAAACUGGAUUUAUGGUGGGCUAUUGUGAAUAUGUUAAUGUAUGUGAAUAACUCUAUGAACUUUUUGUUGUAUUGUCUCAGCGGAACAAAGUUUAGAAGAGAGGUUUUCCGAAUUUUCUUUCAUUGGAGACAAAAUCGAGUUGAUAUCAUUAAUGUUGUAGAAGAUCCCAAUAAUUUAUGAUCAAUAUUUUCUGGCCAAUUGUGUGUGCCGUUUGCCUGAAUUCAA